AGCCCGCAGUGAAGCCGAGCAGUCCCACACACUACACAGACACAAGACAGUCAAAGGUGAUCAAGUGGACCAUUAUAACAACUUGUACUUUUGUUGGACUAUACCGGGACGCAGGAACAAACACUGAAUCACUGCACUGGUUGUAAAUCUAUUUACAAAGCUACCGGCUUUUCUUCUUCUUAACUUUAACGCUACCUAAAAGGACAACCAUGCUCAACCUCUGCCUCGUGUUGAUCUUAUCUGCCUCCGUGUUUUCAGAGUCGCAGGUGAGGGAGACAGAGACAUGGAUGCCCAUGAAGACCACACAGACGGUGGCCAUGUCGACGCACCAUGACGGCCUGGAGUCGUCGGGAGACUCCCCGAACGGCUCCGACUUUCGCUUCACGGACGACGAGGAUGACCACACCGACGGCUACGACGAAGACGACGAGGAUGACGACGAUUGGUACGAUGAAACGCUGUACGAUGACGAGGACGAGUACGACGAGUUCUCUGGAUCUGGUGACGAAGCAACAACCGUGUCACCUGGAAGAGAGUCCAAGACGUCAGUGAAGCCUGACGUGAUCGACAACAAGAUCCCCGAGGUGGAGCGCCCAGUGCGGCCAACCGUCAACGAGGUGGACAUCGUCCAGAACCGCAACGAGAUCCCCCUGCUAGGUAACGAGCCGGAGGAGCAUCCAUCCAACGUCCUCAUGGCCCACGCCAGCGAGGACAGCAUCUUCAACAAGACGGAGGUCCUCGCAGCUCUGAUCGCGGGCGGCGCCGUCGGCCUGAUGUUCGCCGUGCUCCUCAUCCUCCUCCUCAUCUACCGCAUGAAGAAGAAGGACGAGGGCAGCUACGACCUCGGGAAGAAACCCAUCUACAAGAAAGCCCCCACCACAGAGAUCUACGCAUAGACACUCAUCUCCCCACCACACACACAAACACACACACACCUCACUGCCCUCACCCCUCAAACACCCAAUCAGGGCCAGGGUCUGGCCUCACAGUGCCUCAUCUUCAUCAUACCUCCUCCUCCUCCUCCUCACCUUUCUUCGGCGGACUGACGCUGUGUAACAUUCAGGAGAGAAGCCCCGACAACACAAUCGAUUGACUGACUCCUCCUACCUGAUGAAUAUUAUUAUUGGUGCUCUCUGAACCAAUCAGAGGCUUUGAUGGUCCUCUAGUCCCUCCUACAAGGAAAAAGGAGCAACAGGGGUGGACAAUUUCAGCUGCGGUACACUUGUGUUUUUUAUUUGUUAUUAUUUUGUCCCCCCGUGUCGAGAGAAAAAGAAACUUCAACCUGAGGACUGGGAGAGCUUUCCCCUCCUCUCCUCCUCCAGCUUCCAGUUCAAAACACUAACACUGUGCAAUGAUGGUACACAUUAACAGUCCAGUUAUUUAUUUUCCCUCUCUGUUAUUCCUCUGAUCCUGUUUCUUGGACUGCAGCUUCUCACAUUACUGUAGCAAAUGACUUUUAUGUGAACAUUUUUAUUAGAAUUUUUUUAAAAGAACUCCUUGUAAUGCAGAGAGAUUUCAGAAACGUCAUUUUUUUUCUAUUAAAGAUCCUGUCAUGAUGGGAAAGAAUUGAGCUCAUGUUGUUCAAAUUCAUUUUGAUUUACACUCUGUCAUCCGUUAAAACUCAUGUUAAUAAUUACAAUAUUUCAACUUGUUUUUUAUCCUCACAGUGCUGCUUCAGUUACACUGAGAGGAGAGAAAAAGUUUCGUAAUUGCAAUCGUUUUUUCUCCGCGUCGGAUACUUCAGAUCAUGUUGUGUACGUUCUCAGAUGCAGAGUUCAUUAAAAAACAACCGUUAGAGACUCGUUUUUUUUCUUUAAACCCUCUGGCAUGUUUUGUAUCUAUUCGUGUGGGGAAAGUCCCGUCAGUCUGGCACGUAUCGCCUGAUAAGUAAGCUAAACUAAUCCGGAAAAAGAAUUUGCAAAUACUGUAUGACCCAGGUCACACACAUACACACACACACACACACAUAGACACACACACACACGCUAGCCUUGCAGCAUGUUGUCCUUUGCUGCCCGUUUGGAGAGAACUUUAAAAGCCUGGAAGAUGUUUUACCACUAUAAUUACCGCUGUGCCUCCAGGGUUUGUUUUCUGUUAUUAUGGUGAACUCGACUGGAGUCAAACCAACAUGCUCCUACAGGGUGACACACCUACAUUCCUCUCUCACACACACACUCACACACAGCUCAGUCAUGUGUGAAGGGAGCAAAGAUUCAACAUAACGACUUAAACUGCUGACCCUCUUUCACAGGAACAUUCGAGCUUAAAGGUCGUUGGACAUUUUGGCGGUUACGUGGGCAGAGGGUUAGCUUAGCUUAGCAUAAAGACUGGAAACGGAGGGAAACUGCUAACGUGGCUCUGUCAAACAACUCGACAGUUGUCCGUGUGAGAGUUGCAUAACGCUGCAUCUAACAAAUUUUAAGGUUUAUUUUGCAUUUAAUUUAUUUUCAGGUACUUCACCGGCGAGUCCCAUAUUUUAACCUUCAAAAUUUAGUUUCACGGUUGUGAUUGCAGCUUGAAAGUUGACUUGAAAGCUGUUAUGACAUGAAUGUGCCUUAAAACUUUUUUUAAUUGGCAUGUUGUAUCAUUUGUUUAACGUACAGAAAGUGUGAGGAAAAGUGACAGUUUGCAGUUGCUACCAAACUAUUUCAGGAAGCUUCCAGUGCUGACACAGAGCCAGGCUAGCAGUUGCCCUCUGUUUACAGUCACUGUGCUAAGCUAAGCUAACCGGCUAUCAAUCCUCAAAGUAAAUAUUUCCCAGAAUGUUAAACCGUUCCUCUAACUCUGCUUCUAAUCUGUGAAGUUUUCCAUGUCGUGACCAUGAGGUGCUCGCUUCUUAUUAUCCAUUAACGUGUAAAAACAUUUAUAUUCAUGGAUCCAGUAAAUGUUGUGAUUAUUUGUCCAAUGAAAAGACAUUUUAAGCUCUGUGAUCGGAGAAACUGGUAGUUUUGGUACUUUGUUUUUGUUUAUUAUAAAUCAUGGGGUUGAUGCUUUCUCAAUAAGCUACACUGACAGUUUGUUAGUUUAAUAUUUUCACCAUUGGGGUCUAUGAGAUUUCACAUUUGUUAGCUGAGCGCAGCAGCACACAGACUGGUCUACCAAGGAUUUGUACAUAGUCAUUAGGUAAAAAUAACAAAAACUGAAAAAAAAAUAUUAACUUGGUACUUAGCCACAUCCUGGCAACAAAAAUAUCUACCAAAUAUUUAAAUGCCAAAUUGUUUUUCCUGUUUUAUUUUUAUUUCGCAGCAGUAACGUUCAUGUGAUUUACUGUAAAUGUUUUGAUACUACCAAUGCUAAUACUAACUCCUCUCAUUGUUCUCCAGUGUUUUAUUUUGUUUUUUUCAUCCAAUAGAUUGUACCCCCCCCCUUUUUUUUUUUUUAUUAAUUUAACUGU